CAUCCAUCACCUCCAACCUCACUUUCAUCCUCUUCCCAUUUCCACAAAAAGCCCUAAACCCGUUUCUCUUCCCUAAGCUACUUGCCCAUAUCUCUCUCUCUCUUCAAUGAGUGCUUUCUGAGAUUGGGCUAGACACAUAGGAGCUGCUUCCCCUCUUUUCAGGAAGGAGGAGAGAAGGAUAAAAAAAAAACAUCCGCCAAUCUUUCAUUUCAAUAGAUUUUCCAGAAGAGAAAGUUUCAGCAAAGCCCAACCGAACCCAACAAGAUCAUGUAAUUAAAAGGUUCUCUCUUUCUUCGGUAACAGUGGAUUAGCACCCCCUAUUAUAUUCCCAGCAAACCCAGCUUCCAUACACAGCUUCAGAUUUCGUUUACCUGUGCAUGUACUCUCUCUCUCUCUCUCUCUCUCUCUCUGAUCAGGUGUGCUCUUGAUAGACUUUCCUUGUCUUGACCAUUAGGCACUCAGUUUGUGUAACAUCUCGCCCCGAGUGAUCCCGCACGCAAGUAACUUCAAGAAGAAGCAUGAUGAAUUCGCUUCCAGAACUUGAUUCCAUCACAGCCCUCAAUCCCACCAGCGCCAACUCCAUAACCACCAUUGCCUCAUCCUCCUCCUCUUCUUCCACUUCCCCCUCGACAAUAACCACUGCCGCCGCCGGCACGGUGGCUACGACGUCCAGCCGAUAUGAGAACCAGAAGCGCCGGGACUGGAACACCUUCGGGCAGUACCUCCGCAACCACCGGCCGCCGCUCUCGCUCUCCAGGUGCAGCGGCGCCCACGUCCUCGAGUUCCUCCGGUACCUCGACCAGUUCGGCAAGACCAAGGUCCACACCCAGCUCUGCCCCUUCUUCGGCCACCCGAACCCGCCUGCCCCCUGCCCAUGCCCGCUCCGCCAGGCGUGGGGCAGCCUUGACGCCCUCGUCGGCCGCCUCCGCGCAGCAUUCGAGGAGAACGGCGGGAAGCCCGAGGCCAACCCUUUCGGCGCGCGGGCCGUGAGGCUGUACCUCCGUGAGGUCCGGGAUUCUCAGGCCAAGGCCAGGGGGAUCAGCUACGAAAAGAAGAAAAGGAAGAAGCCUCCCCAAGCACCCAUGAUCGCCGCUGCAGGUCGGGUCGAAAAUCAGUAAGGAAAAAGCACCUCUUAGCAUGUGUCAUGAUCAAUAAUCGAAGGUCGUCGCAUUCUACUUCUAUCUUAUGGGUCUAAAUGCUUAGAUAUACGACGGUACGAUAUAUCUCUUCAGUCUAUAUAUGUCAUGUCUGCAUAGCACAUCAUAUGGUGGAAGACCGUGUUCUAUAAAAAGCACCAUGAUGAUAGAAAAUGCUUGCUCUUUAUCUGUUUUUCCAUUAUUGGAUGCUGAAAAAGAAGAGAGAGCCACGGGAAGAGAGACAGCAUUAUACUUUUGGAAGUGGGUUCAAAUUAUGCAGUGUAUGUGUGAAAUCUGUAGUGACGAUCUGCAGUGUCGCGUAAAACCUCCACUUUGUCAGCUGCCUAAUGUGUACUUGGUGAAACCGCAUGAUGAAUGAGGAGCAGGAAUGGAUUUGCAGAUCUUGUUCGGUUGGGUUUUCUCCCCCAUUUCAUGGGCAAUUUUAAUUCCGAUCUAUUUUAUAUUAGGUAUUGUCAAAUCAACCUGUUCAUAAGAUAUGAUGGAUAUGUAUAACUUUGCGAAAAGAUAUCGUGUCAGAUUUGUCUAGCACUGUGUAUAUAUCCUGUUGGGUUUUUGGUAUUA